AUGGAUAGAGACAGAGAACCAUGGCGCGACUCAUGGCAGGGAUACUUUACACCCGACUACGCUGUUAAUCGAAACAAGUCCUCAGUCUACUACUCUCCCGGAACCGACCCUCUCAUAGCACGCACGCCUGUUGGACCAACAGCAUACCGUAUGCACCCGGGCCUAGUUUCUCUACCUCAAUCGGCAAUGGCCGAGCCAUCAACAUGGAACGACUCGUUCAGGGCCCCGAACAACCAUGAGGCCUAUGUCACCAGCAACAGACAAGGCAAUUGCUCUCUUACUGAUGCUAACAGUAUCACAAGAGGUGUUACGCCUACAGUUCACAAGCAUCCAAGCACACCAACUUUAGCCACUAAUGUACCAAAUACUACAAUCGAAGGCUUCAAAUACGGGGGCCAAUCAGCUGAAGUCUUGGACCAUCAUGGACAGGCGUUGGCCCUGGCGCAGAGUCAGAUUUAUGAAAAAAGGGCUCAGAAAAAGGCUCAAGAAGAGGCUGCAGCGCAGGCAAUACUACAACAACAACAACAGACAGACGUGAAUCAGCUGCAGGCACAGCUACAGGAGCAUGCAAAGAAGAGGAAGGAGGAGCAGUUAUAUAAGCUUCAAUGCCAACAGCCGCAAGAUGAGUACACCCAUGGACGCUUCCUGAACGAGCAGGAAAGGCUUUGGUAUUCAGAGAGAUAUAAUCAACUAUUCGAGGCUAGCUCGCAUGCGAGGUCUAAGAUCACCAAGCCAGACCGGGUCGUCGAAAGCAUUCCCGUCCGCGCGACACCACCCGAGGGGCCUACGGAUUCCCGUCCCAUGCCCAAGGCUUUCUUGUCUAAGCCAGAGGCCAUCUCAGGCUUUACCGUACGUUCUAAAGUCGAGACAGCUGAGAGAACCCCAGAGUGUCUUCCUACGUGCAAGGCUUCCAAACCUACAGUCGAGGCAAUCCCGGAGCGUAUUGUAUCUCGUGGACUUGAGACUAUCGAGGAGGCUACCAAGGCUGAAGCUGACGCCAUCUGCGACUUCCCUCCCCCACCUACCAGAUACAAGACUGCCGGGAAGACUGCACAGCCCAUGUCCACACACAAAGCUUCCAAGCCUGUAAUCAACCCUGUCAUCAUACCUUCUGGACCUGUGACGACUAUGAAGGCCGUAUCUCAAUCGCAUAUACCAAAGGCUUCCGAGAAAAAGCGAUCUACUGCACAAUGGCCGAAAUGGACUGAAGGCCAGGACUUGUCACCAAACUUCGAGUCUUUGAGUUUGGCGUCAGACAUAGAUGAGGGAUGGGAGGAGGUUGAGGGUGAGCUGAAGGAAUGGGAGAUGCUUGAGCACUAG